CGGGCCUGGGUCGUUAACGCGCUGCCCGCCGAGGAGGCGGCUGGCGCCGGGAGCCUUUUCCCGGCGGCUGAGCUCGCUAGCUGGCGCCAUCCCCCCCGUGCGGCCUCCUGCCCUCCGACUGAGAAUCCAGGCGGCUCCCCGGGGCCUGGAGGAGCCUCAGCUGAGGGCCGGGGAGGGGCUCUGGGCUUCGCGCGCUCGCUGAGCCCCUGCUGAGAGGUGUCCUCAGGAGCGCUGAGACUGCUGCGGAGCCUGCCCCAGACAGGGGUCGACCCCCGCCUCUCUGUGUGGGGGGCUCAGAGGGCUGCGGGGGCCCCGGCGCCAGACGAUCCAGGACCGAGGGAGGCCACGUUAGUGUAGGCAGCAGGUUCAGACAAGAGGGUCUUCAGUUGCUGUAUUCACAGCCUUUUAGCCUCAGUUUUUGUCCAUUGUCAUUAAACACACCAGCCUUCCUAGCUCAGUCGCUCACGUGCAGCCUCAGAGUGGAUAAACAUCUUCGUGACCUCACUUCUACUUGUGUCGGACCCUUUAAAAUGCAUUUUAUGUUGAACUUUAAUUUUGGUUAGAGGCGUUGAUGUCUGACUCUCAGAAGGAAAUGCAUCCUUGGCAGUUUUUCUCUUGAAGAACAAUUUCAUAAAGUUCGUGUCGCCCUGUUUGGGAAAUCUGAUUCCUUAAGUUAGCAUUUAAGUGUACUACCAUCUCUUGAGCUUGUUGGUGAUGCUUUCUCUUUUUAAUAGAGUAAUGUCAUCAUUGUUUUCCAGGGCUGGUUGAAACAAAUUAUUUCAGGCUGCAAAAAGGCUCAGAAGAAAGUUAAAGGCUUAAGGCCUUACUUAGAGGGUUGGAGGCUCUUUGACAUCAAGCAUGUGAAUAGGUUUCACACUCCAAAAACACUGGGCAUUCCCACUGUGCAAUAACAAGCUUCUUUCUUACACCUGCAGACCUUCCUGGGGUGAGGGUCAGGAGGCCUCUGCUGGGAUCCUGGAAGGGCCUCAACAGUGCCUACAGAACCCAAGCCCUGCUUGGUGUGAGUUGGUCCCUGGAGCCUGAACAAUGACUGCAGCUCAAAGAAGUGCUUCUGCCCUGGUCCCUGCGGCUGGGCACAGCCCAGAGGUGGGGAAGGCUGGUUUUGGGGGCCAAGCAUGCCGUUUGCAGGGCAGCAGCCUUCUUGGCCCAGAGAUCUUCCGCCAGCGCUUUCGACAGUUCUGUUAUGAGGAGACACGGGGGCCACGGGAGGCCCUGAAUCAGCUGAGAGACCUUUGUCACCAGUGGCUGCAGCCCGAGAUCCACACCAAGGUGCAGAUUCUGGAGCUGCUGGUGCUAGAGCAGUUCCUGGGCAUCCUGCCUGAGGAGCUGCAGGCUUGGGUGAGGGAACGGCAGCCUGAGAGUGGGGAGGAGGCCGUGACUGUGCUGGAGGACCUGGAGAGGGAGCUGGAUGACCCAGGGCAGCAGGUCAAAGCCUUUGUAGCCACAAAAGAAGAGAUCCAGGAGGAGGUGGCCCUUCUGACAACAGCACAGGAAUCCACUACUGUCUGGCUAACUGCCAUGGAUGGUCACCUCAGGGCUGAAUCACCAACACCCCACUUCCAGCAAGAAAGAGAUGGUGUCACUAAGACUAAGAAGAUGGCUUUGCCUGCUAAGCAGGAAGUUUCUGCAGAAGUAAAACAACACGAGGAAGACUUUGGUAGCCUUAAUAUGAAAUUUUCUCAAGUUUCCGAAGCCAGGGAACACUGUAAGGGCAGGGUGAAAAGACAGCAGAAAGAUGAUGAUAUGGGACAAAGAAAACAGAAUGGUGAUGAACAUGGGGAAAAUAUCAGUUUGAACUCAGGCCUUAUUGCCACACAGAGAAUGUACGCUGGGGAGAAGAUUCGUGAAGGCGAUGAUUGUGAGAAAUCCUUCAGUCAGACGAGUUCAGACCUGACUAAAAAUCAGAGAAUCCACACUGGUGCAAAACCCUAUGAAUGUGAUCAGUGUGGGAAAGCCUUUAAUUACAGCUCCCACCUCAUACUACACCAGAGAAUCCACACUGGGGAGAAACCGUAUGAAUGUGAUAAAUGUGGAAAAUCCUUUAGUCAGAGUUCAAACCUUAUUCUACACCAGAGAAUCCACACUGGGGAGAAACCAUAUGAAUGUGUUAAGUGUGGAAAAUCCUUUAGUCAGAGCUCAAACCUCAUUCUACACCAGAGAAUCCACACUGGGGAGAAACCAUAUGAAUGUGAUAAGUGUGGAAAAUCCUUUAGUCAGAGCUCAAGCCUCAUUCAACAUCAGAGAAUCCACACUGGGGAGAAGCCCUAUCCAUGUAAUCAGUGCAGUAAGAGUUUCAGUCGAAGUUCAAAUCGUAUUCUGCAUCAGAGAGUCCAUACUGAGGAGAAACCGUACAAAUGUGAUGAGUGCAGAAAGGCCUUCAAGCAGAAAUCAGCUCUUGUCCUACAUCAGAGAAUCCACACUGGAGAGAAACCCUACGAAUGUGAACAGUGUGGGAGAGCCUUCAGUCAGAGCACAAACCUUAUUAAACAUCAGAGAAGCCACUGUGGAGAAAAGGGCCUGCCAUUGUUAUGACUUAGAAAGUCUUUAAUUCAAACCUGAAUCUUUGUCAUCAAUGGAGGAAAAUUAAUGUAAUCAGUAUAGUUUAAAAUGUUAUUUAGCACAGAUUUUUGUCAUUUGAAUUAUCUGCUGGCUAGAAACAUGAGUAUAUCAAAUGAAAAUUUAUUUAACAUUUACUGUAUACUUCCUCUGUUUUGGGCACUCUGCAAGGUACUGGAGAUAAAAUGAAUAAAACGGUACCUUCUCAAGCAUUUUGUAGUUUAAACUGGUGCAGUCUUAUCCUGGAAGCAAGGUCACUGUCAUAAUCUAAGACAGUUUGGCAAUUCUACACUUUAAUCUAGAUCUUCUUACCUCAAGCCAUCUGUUUUAGGAUGUACUCCCAUUAUUCAUUCCCAUUGGUCUUGCAUAAUGGCAUUCCCUUAGUGUUUUUCCUUUUGGUAAUUAUCUUGCUUCUCCAUUAAGAGUGAAUAACUGAGGAUCCCUGUAGCAAUCACAAAAUAGGUGGAUUUUUUGUGUUGCCUUUAAACUUUAUCACUGUCACUGUUUCAUAUUUUACCGUGGUAUGUACCUCUGUUUAUUCACCUACUCUCCUGCUGAUGGGCAUUUGGGUUGUUACAGGAUUUUGCUAUUGUAAAAAGUGCUGCUAUGCACAUCCUUCACGUGUCUCCUAUUCUAAGGGAAUCAUAGCAAUAUUAAGUCAAAAAAUCAAGGCUUAAAUGAUUAUAUGCAAUAUGAUACACUUUUUAGGAAAUAAAAUACAAAAUAUACUUUUUCGGAUUACAAGUAGGUGUAAUAGAACUAUGUGAAAAUGAGAUCAGAGAGCUACUGCAAGACACAUUAUAAUCAAACUCUGGAAAACCAAAGGAUAAAUAGUGAAUAUUGAAAGCAGCACAAGAAAUGCAAAGUAUAACAUACAAGGGGUCUUCAAUAAGAUUAAGUGCCAAUUUCUCUUCAGAAACUGCAGGCAAACAGGCAAUGGGAUGGCAUACUUAAAGUGCUGAAAAAAAAGAACUGUCAACCAAUAAUACUAUAUCUAACAACACUGUCAUUCAAGAAUGAGGAUGAAACUAAGAUAUUUCCAGAUAAACAAAAGCUGAGGGAAUUUGUUACUACUAGACUAGCCCGACAAGAAAUGCUAAAGGGAGUCCUCCAGAAGGAAAAAUAAGGACACUUGAAGUUGUACAUAAAGGGGGAAAAAGAGUCCACAUUAAAGAUAAUUUCUUGACAAGUAUAAGGACGGACUUAAGGUAUUUUUGUUUGGCAAAUAAAGCUGGUGUUUCUAUCGUGCUUUAUAAAGAUAAAAGCAUUGAUGGUAAGUUACAGGGCACUUUAGAUAUAAAAAUUGGUGAUAGUAACAACAAAUGGGAGGGGUUGGAGGAUUGGUUAUAGGUAUGGAGCUUUUGUAUGUUAUUGAAAUUAAGUUGGUUCUUAUCAAUAUUAAGCAGUUACAAAUGUAAGAUGUAAUCUCCAUGAUAGCCACAACAUAGUAAAAUAAAAAUUAUGCACAGAAGGAAAGGAGAUUAGAAACAAAAUAGUUCAGUACCAAAAAAAGAGAAAGAAAAGAAAAACCCAAUAAAAAUUUUUUUAAAAAAAGAGAAACCAACUCUUACAAAAGAAGACAGCACUGGAGGAAAAGUGGGACAGAGUAGGUAUAAGAGACAAAAAAUGAAUAACCAAAUGGCAGAAGUAAGCCCUCCUUUAUCAAUAAUUACUGUGAAUACAAAUUGAUUAAACACUCCAAUCAAAAGGCAGUAGCUGAGUGGAUUAAAAAAACACGACUCAACUAUAUGCUGUCUACAGGAUCCACCUUAGGAACAAAAAAAAGACAAAUAGGUUGAAAGUGAAAGGAUGGAAAAAAUAUUCCAUGCAAACAGUGAAUCAAAAGACAGCAGUUGAGGCAAUUUUAAUAUCAAACAAAAUAGACUUUAAAAUUAUUAUAAAAGACCAGGUGCUCCUUGGAAAAGACCAAGAAGGACACUAAUAAUAAAAGGAUCAAUUCAUCGAGAAGAUAUAACAAUAAAUAUUUAUGCAUAUAACCUUAAAGCCCCAAAGUACAUAAAGGAAACACAGAAUUGAAGGGAGAAAUAAGCAGGUCUACAAUAAUAGUUGGAGACUAAUACACCACCUUUGAUAAUGGAUAGAACAACUGUGUGACCAAUGAAAUACCACAGGAGCAUGGAAAUGUCACUUCUGAGAUUAGGUUAUAAAAGGUUGUAGGUUCCAUCAUGGGUUCUCUUUAUUGGAUCACUACUGUAGAGGAAACCAGCUGCCGUAUCAUGAGGGCCCUCAUUCAGCCUCUGGAAAGACAUGAUGAAGAACGGGAGACUUUAGCUAACAACAUGGCAACAAUGCCGUGAAAGAGCUUGGAAGGUCCUUCCCUGUUGAGUAUUCAGAUGUCUGCAACCAUGACCAACAGCUUGACUGCAACCUUGUGAGAGACCAUAAACAAGAACCAUCCAGCUAAGAUACCCAGAAUUUUGACCCACAGAAACUGUAAGCUAAUAAAUGUUGUUUUAAGCUGUCAAGUUUUGUGGUAAUUUAUUACACAGCAGUAGAUAACCAGAACAGAUUAUGGUACCUGAAAGUGCGCUGCUGCCAUAAAAUGUGGGAGUGGCUUUGGAACUGGCAGUUCCUCACAAUAGAAUUCCAGUUA